UGGCAGGCUGCAGGGGCCAGACCAGCGGCUCUGACUGGGGAGAACAGCAGAGCAGAGAGCAGACACGGCAGCGGCAGAGGAGAUAAAACAGCACUUGUAGUUGUAGUUCCAGUAGUUGCAGUUGAGUUAUCGAGUUAACUUUGCCUCAGGAUAUGGGUGUGUUGAUCUGGGCGCUCAGCACCCUGUGAAUUUAACAUGGACCCUGACACCAGCACCCAUCCAGAGGCACAACAUGAGUCUCCUCCAGAGAGGACAGGACGCCGACGCAGUAUGCCAGGGUCCUCAGACAAGAGCACACCCUCCAUGGAGCCUACAUCCACCGCUGCCACGCCUUUCAGAGUCACCGUGAGUACUGGUUUUCUAAGUCGACGGCUGAAGGGCUCCAUAAAGCGCACCAAGAGUCAACCCAAACUUGACCGCAAUUCCAGCUUCAGACACAUCCUUCCCGGCUUCAGGAGUGUUGACAAUGACAGAUCUCAUCUGAUGCCAAGGCUGAAGGAGUCUCGCUCCCAUGAAUCACUGCUCAGCCCCAGUAGCGCUGUGGAAGCCCUGGACCUAAGUAUGGAGGACGAGGUUAUCAUCAAGCCUGUUCACAGCAGCAUCCUCGGGCAGGACUACUGCUUUGAGGUCACUACCUCCACGGGAAGCAAAUGUUUUUCAUGCCGUUCAGCAGCCGAAAGAGACAAGUGGAUGGAGAACCUGAGGAGAGCGGUGCAACCAAACAAGGACAACAGCCGACGGGUCGAAAACAUGUUGCGGCUGUGGAUCAUCGAAGCCAAGGACCUGCCGGCCAAAAAGAAAUACUACUGCGAGCUUUGUCUUGACGACUCGCUCUACGCCCGCACCACCUGUAAGCUCAAGACCGACAAUGUCUUCUGGGGAGAACACUUUGAGUUCAGUAACCUGCCGGCUGUCAAGACCAUCACAGUCCACCUCUACAAAGACACAGAUAAGAAGAAAAAGAAAGAUAAAAACAAUUACAUUGGACUCAUCAAUAUUCCGGUCGCAGCUGUCACCGGGCGACAGUUUGUGGAGAAGUGGUAUCCAAUCAGCACUCCGAACCCCCCUAAAGGCAAGACAUCCGGGCCCAUGAUUAGAAUUAAGGCACGCUAUCAGAGUAUGAACAUCCUUCCUAUGGAGAUGUACAAAGAAUUUGCAGAGUACACUACCAAUAACUACAUGCUACUAUGCUCAGUUCUUGAGCCCGGGAUUAGUGUCAAGAACAAGGAGGAGAUGGCGUGCGCGCUGGUCCACAUCCUGCAGAGCACUGGCAAGGCCAAGGACUUCCUCACAGAUUUAAUGAUGUCAGAGGUGGACCGCUGCGGGGAGAACGAGCAUCUCAUCUUCAGAGAAAACACGCUGGCCACAAAGGCCAUAGAGGAAUACCUCAAACUGGUGGGGCAGAAGUACCUGCACGAUGCCCUCGGGGAGUUCAUCAAGGCUCUGUAUGAGUCGGAUGAGAAUUGUGAGGUUGAUCCAUCCAAGUGUUCAUCAGGUGACCUGCCAGAACACCAGAGUAACCUGAGGAUGUGCUGCGAGCUGGCCUUCUGCAAAAUCAUCAACUCGUACUGUGUCUUUCCACGGGAACUGAAAGAGGUUUUUGCAUCAUGGCGGCAGGAAUGCAGCAACCGGGGUCGACCGGACAUCAGUGAGCGUUUGAUCAGCGCUUCCUUGUUCCUGCGGUUUCUCUGCCCGGCCAUUAUGUCCCCCUCGCUUUUCAAUUUGAUGCAAGAGUAUCCCGAUGAUCGCACGGCACGUACACUUACGCUCAUUGCCAAAGUCACGCAAAACCUGGCAAACUUCACCAAAUUUGGUAACAAGGAAGAAUACAUGUCCUUCAUGAACCAGUUCCUGGAGCACGAGUGGACAAAUAUGCAGCGCUUUCUGCUAGAAAUCUCAAACCCAGAGACAAUCUCCAACACAGCAGGCUUCGAGGGCUAUAUUGACCUCGGCAGGGAACUCUCUACAUUGCACUCCCUUCUUUCUGAGGUGGUCUCCCAGAUGGACCAGAGUGCUGCUUCCAAGCUGGGUCCUCUACCCAGGAUCCUACGGGAGGUGAACACAGCUCUAUCGAACCCGUCCAGUGUCCAGAUGGCCCCCGGUCAGUCCUCAGAGCAAAUGGGCUCGCCUCCUCCUGAGGCAGGCUGCAGCAUUUCCACUGGCCUGCAGAAGAUGGUCAUAGACAAUGACCUUUCAGGAUUGGUUGACUUCACUCGAUUACCCUCACCCACACCAGAAAAUAAGGAUCUGUUCUUUGUGACAAGGAGCUCAGGUAUCCAGCCUUCCCCCGCACGCAGUUCGAGCUACUCUGAGACAAAUGAGCCUGACCUGGGCAUGGCCAAUGGCAGCAAGAGCUUGUCCAUGGUGGACCUCCAGGACCCCCGCAUUCUGGAUGGUGGCACAGGUCCCAGCUCCUCAGACGCACUGGGUGAAGGGCCAGCUUCUGUGGGAGGCUGGUCAGCUAUAACCUCACAAGGCAACAUCCCCGGAGGUCCCACCAUAAGGAGGCCAGGCCAGACCCCCACCACCCCAGGCACGGAAAGCACUCCUGGCCGACCUGUCCAGCUGCUAGCCCCAUUGUCCUUCCAGAACCCAGUCUACCAGAUGGCGGCCUGCUUGCCCGUGUCCCCCCGAGGAAUGAACGACUCGGGCUCAGAGUGCCACAGCUCAGUGAGUUCCCAUAGCAACAAUGAGGAUGGACCAGCAGGAGGGAAGCACUCCUUCUUGAACCAUGGUGGAGGAGGGGGCGGGGGGAGCAGCGGGGACGAGUACACAAGGCGUUCGGGGGAGUUCAACCGCCGACAGCUGUCCCUAACAGAAACACCACAUCAGCCCGCUGUCCCCAGACAGAACAGUGCCGGCCCCCAGAGGAGAAUAGACCAGCCUCCACCUCAGAACAUUACUCGGGGCCGCACACCCCCAAAUCCACUGAACACUGGACCCUACCCCCGGCCCACCUCCGGCAGCAUGAUGACAUCGUCACCCGACUGGCCCGGCAGCGGGGCUCGGUUACGACAGCAGUCGUCCUCCUCCAAAGGUGACAGUCCUGAGACCAAGCAGAGGGCUCAGCACAAACAGGCCCCCUCCCCAGUGAACCCCAGUGCGUUGGACCGCACAGCAGCCUGGCUAUUGAAUAUGAAUGUGCAGUAUUUAGACCAUGAGGGGAUGGAGCCCGAGUCACUGAGAAACAGAGAGGAUCUAACUCAGGUGGAGAAGUACCAGCAGGAGAUCGCAGUGCUGCAGGAGAAACUGCGGGCGUCGGUGCAGAAGCUGGAGGAGUACGAAGCCCGUCUGAAGGGUCAGGAUGAGCAGGCCCAGAAGGUGCUGAUGGAGUACCAGGCCCGGCUGGAGGAGUCGGAGGAGCGCUUGCGCAGACAGCAGGACGACAAAGACCUCCAGAUGAAGAGCAUCAUCAGCAGGUUAAUGUCAGUGGAAGAGGAGCUGAAGAAGGAUCACUCUGACAUGCAGGCAGUGGUGGACUCUAAACAGAAGAUCAUCGACGCACAGGAGAAGCGCAUAGCAUCGCUGGACGCUGCCAACGCCCGUCUGAUGAGCGCUCUUACCCAGCUGAAGGAGCGCUACAACAUGCAGACCCGCAACGGCAUCUCUCCCACCAACCCCACCAAACUGCAGAUUACUGAGAACGGAGAAUUUAGGAACAGCAGCAACUGCUAG